GACGUCUCACUCGACGAACGCAUCCGCAAUGUCCCAGUAUCACGAGCAUUCAUGUCCGAGUAUUACGGCGGCAAUACCCAAGACACAUGCCCGAAGAUCAAGCGCUCCCGGGUCGCCAUCCACGGACUCAAGGACUUCAUGUACCUCAACCUGGAACUCAACCCUUAUGCACCAAAGUCACCUGGCGACCCCGGCUUCUUCUUCGCUUUGGAGUCGAUAAGCGGG